UAAGCAGUGAAUGUAGUUGUGUGUGUGUGUGAGUAUGUGCGUGUGUGUAUGAAAAAAGUGCAAUUCUGUGCAACAACGUAACGAAAAGAAGAGCGAAAAUCUGCAUCGAAAGUGAAAUCAAUCGGUUACACCGGUCAAGCGGUCGGGCCGCAUGUUCGAAACGUACCGGAAGUGAAUCGAACGUUGGCGCUAGUGCAGGAAACGGGCGCUUCACCCCACAGGGGCUGUGUGGGAAAAAGUUAAUUAAUCCAACUAUUGGUUCGCUGGUUCGUCCCGCAUUCCCGAACCGGAGCAGCACUGGCGGUGCAGUGGUCGAAGAUUUGGCACGUACGAAAUCGAUCCGUCCGAGUUCCGGCAAGGGUUUCGUAACGGAGGACGAUCAAAGUUUGACCGAUCGGUCAGUCGGCAUCUCAACGGCUCAGCAGCAGCAGCAGCAGCACACCGGCAGCAAAAUGGAAACGGAGGAAAUUAUCAAACUGGUUGACGGGAUCUACAAGAACAUACUGGAAAAGUUCAAUCCCGGAGCACGACAGUUGAUCAGCGCUGGCAAGGCGUACCUGAAGGCACUGCAUGGAGCGUCCACCGCGUCGAACGUGUUCAACGAAGCGCUCGCCAAGAUCGCCGUCAAUGCACAACAGGGAGGAACCAUCGACAUUGGUUCCGCCUUGAUGAACAUUGUCGGUGUGUACAAAGAGAUCCAGGAUCAGCACAUGAACAUCCUGAAAGCAUUCUACGUCGAUCUGCUGGUGCCGCUGGAAACGAAUCUCGAGAAAGACACGAAGGUGGUACAGUUCGAGCAAAAGAAGUUUCUCCAGCAGCACAAGAUGCGCUCGGACAGCUACAGCAAGGCGGCCGCUACGAUGAAGAAGUACCGUAAGAAGAACUCGAAAAACACCCCCAAGGAGGCGGAGAAGGAAAUCAAGAGCAUCCAGGCGUUCGAGGAGGAAAAGCAUAAGCUGGACCAGUUCUGCGAGCAGAGCCUGAAGAACGCAAUGACACAGGAACGGCGCCGGUACGGGUUCGUGCUCGAGCGCCAGUGCUCGCUGGCGAAGCACUGGAUGGCGUACCAUCACUCCGGCCACAUGAUCAUCGAGAAGUCGCUGGACAACUGGAACGAUGUGGCGGCGACACGCGAAUUUUUGCCCCCGAACGUGGAAAACAUGUUCACCGCGAAGCAGGCGUUGCGCGACGUCGAGGAUGACGAUGACGAUGAUCGGGAAUCGAUCGCGUCCCAGCUGCGCAAGACACGUUCGAUCGAUGCCUCCUGUCUCGAUAUGCGCUCGCUGGCGGACGUCGCCAACAGCACGCUCCAGAUGCCGCGGGCCAAGUCGGAGUUUAAUCUGAACAACAACACCGGCACACUGCUGGGUGGUCACCAUCACCAUCACCACCAUCACGGGAUGAUGAUGAUGGGCGGUGGUGGUGGUGGUGGUGCUGCUGCGGGUAGUAUGGUGGGGGGUGGCAGUAACGGCAAACCGGACAUUUCGCACUGGGAGCGGCCCACGGUGAAGGCACUGUAUGCGUACCUGUCGUCGGGCGAGAACCAGCUGAGCUUUCUCGAGGGUGACCGUAUCGCGCUGGUGGGCGAUCGGGCCAAGGGCUGGCAGUUUGGGGAAAACCUACGCACGCAAAAGUUUGGCUGGUUCCCGAUAGCCUACACUGAGACCGAGCGGGACGAUAAGGAAAGCAUCAGCGAGUGGGUUAAGGCUCCACCGAGUGACAUUGAGCUGGACCAUACGCCGGACACUUCGCUCGAGAGUACGCUGGUCGAUGACAGUCUGACGAAGAUGUCGGGAUCGUACCACGGUGGGGAGGAUGCAUCUCCAACACGCAUGUUCGGUGACACGAUCCAGUACCGGCAGUCGAAGCAAUUCCGGCGUCUGUCCCGCGGUGAGAAGCCACCGAAGCCAGGACCACCGCCACAGUUGCCGGCACCCGUACCGACACCGGUCGUACCGAACAGCUACAACGGUGGCAAACAGCAGCGUCACGAUGGAGCUUCCGGAUCCGGCGGAUCAGGUGGAAUUCCACAGUCGAACAGCUUCUCGUCGGCAGGUGUACCACCGAUGACGUCGGAUAAACGCAAAUCAGGCUCGGCCACGAUGAACUUCAGCAAGCCGCCAUCGAGCAGCAAUCCGAAGCAAAAGCGGCAGAGUAACGGAAUGGCCAGUGCCUCGCUGCAUAGCAGCAACGACAGUGGAUUCUCCAACGAGCCACAACCGCAACCGGAAGCCGAUCUGUAUUCGGACGAGGAACCAGUGAAUCGAGUGCCAAUAAGAUCUGCCCGCUCGGAGAAGAACCUGCUGAACGACCAGUCGACCAUGACUCGCCAAGGUGGUCGCGAUAGCAGCGUACCUUCACCACGCUACCACGAUGAGGAUGAUAUCUACGGCACGAUUGUGCCACCCCGGCCACGGCACCAGAGCCAGAUGAUGAUGCGGCAGGCCAACAGCUACGGCAACAUUGCGGAAAGCAACUCGGGAACGCUCGAGUACGGGUAUCGCUCGCGCAAUCGGAUGUCCUCGGAAAACCAUCCCAACCAGAGCGACUCGCAGAAGAUAAAGCGCACGAAAUCGUUCUGGAAGUUCUCCAAGUCCGAGGACCACAUCCUGGAAGGGAUGGCCAUGUGGAAGCACAACGACAUCAUACCGACGGGGCGUGAAAAGCGCGAGAUGGAGAAGAAGGAGGCCACGCUGAAGCGUAACAUGCGCAAGAAGGAGCAGAUCGAGAAGCAGAAGCAGAAGGAAAUGAUUGCGGCCAAGGCAGAAGAGGAACAGCAGCAACAGCAACAGCAGCAGCAGCGUCGUAAAGAUAACUCCCGAGGUAACGCCAACGGCAUGCUGGACACCGAAAGUAACACAAGCACGCUCGUUCGGAGCAAUAAUCGGGAGUCGCGUGAACGCGAUCGAGAUCUUCGUGAACCGGCACGCGAACGGCCGCACAGUAUCGCACUGAUGCCGGAGCAGGAAAAGUUCCCGAUCACCAAAUCGGACAUCGACAAGCGCAUCUCGAAGAUUGACCAGGAGUUCCACCAGCAGCAGAAGAAGGCGAGCCGCGGUGGACAGGACGAGGAGCGUGGCGGAGGCCGUACGGGUCGUGAUCGGAGUGGUGGAGAUCGUAAGCAGUCGAAGGGUGGUGGUAAAAAUGACACCAACAACAAUAACCGCCAUAGUUACGCCGGGGAACAUCUGCACCGACAGCACCAGGAGCAGGAACUGUACGGCGAGGCACCGAUGGGUGGGAAGCAGGGCAAGCAGGACAAGUAUCGCACGACGGAGCGUGAGACGAACAAGAACCGGAACAAUGAUGCACUGAACAAGUACUACCAGGAUCAGACGUUCGAUGACUUCUCGAUUAUUCCGGCUGACUCGAUCAUGAUGCAGGACACCAGCUUCUACGAUGAUGAUGGCAUGAUGGAUGACAUGAUGCUGAUGAAGACGGUGCGGCGCAAGGAGAUCUUGAAGCAGUACUACUCGAGUGGCACCGAUACGGAGCGCAACUCGUCCAGCUCCGAUCCGUACGAUUGUAUCGUUGUGGAUGACCAUCUGGUGGCAAAGUCGGGCCGGAAAGCGAACGGUGCCGAUGGUUCCAUGAUGCGCAUGAUGACUGACAGGCGUGGCGACAAGAAGGAUCGCGGCAUGUCCGAUGACAAGAUGGCAUUCUCCACAUUCCGCGGCGGUGUCUCGGGUGGUAAUGGAGGCCGGGGUCAGCUGGACGAUGAUGACGAUGAUACGAUGAUGGCCUCGAUGACACUGGAUGACGAGUUGAUGGAGGAGGAACAGCAGCAGCAGCAACAGCAGCAGCAACAAUCUCGCCAGCAGCAGACCCGCGAUCGUCGUACGAAGAGCUCCAAGGGUAAUCUGGCCGAGUCGAAGUAUGAGUCGGAGCAGGAGUCUCGCAUCAGUGCCAAGAUGCAAAACAACGGUCAGCAGCAGCACCAACAGCAGCAGCAUCAGCAGCAGCACCAGCAGAAGCGCAAGUCCACCAAAUCGAUCGCCUCGGACGGUAAGGCGUACGGGCCAUGGUAUGACCUCUGGGGUGCGGAUAGCUCAGUCCACAACCAGAAGCUGUAAAACCCGCGCACCAUCAUCUUUUCCCCCGUAUGGUGAAUCGAUCUUUAUCGCCGGUGUAAAGAUCGCAUUUCAGCCGAAUAGCACAGCAAACACACGCACCCAAUCAGAACGGCACUAUAAACACUACCAAAUCACCUGCAAUCACCCUCAUGCAACAUUCUAGUGCUUGCAAUUUGCAGCAACACCACAACACGAAGACAACGGACACAGGACAUUGGUUAAAGUUAACGGCAAAAACGACACACAGUUUCAAUGGACACACUAUUUCGGCAAAAAGAACGCAUGACCACCGAGUUGUGACACCGGUACGUCGUUGAUCGAUUUGGAUGGACGGGACACGGAUGGACACGGAUAUCGAGACAUGAUUACCACCAUGCAACCAUUCCCAAAUGCAUGCAGCGAGCUGCGGUAGCAGUGGCGGUGCGAUUAUUUUAGUCUUACUUAGUCGAUAUUUAAAUCGUUUCGUUUUACCUUCACCUCAGCAGACGAUCACGAUCUAGCCUCUUGGUAGAUAUGUUUAAGGUAAUGCUAGUUGUAAGCGAUCAGUACCCGUUCAGUACCCGAUCAGUACGUUGUAUAUCGCGGGACCAGGCGAAAGGUUUCAGUAAGGAAUAUAGGAUUUAGACGGCUUUACACCCGUUAAUGUUACUGUGGCUUUAGGCUCGUUUCGUUUUGUUUUACACUUUUCUCUUCUUGUUUUGCAUGUAUUAUCAAAUUUUAUUACUGGUUGCGGGAUGUACUCCAAUGUUAUUGCUGUAUUAGUUUUGUUUUUUUUUUAAUAGUGUACCGUAUUAUUUCGUGACAUUCUUCGUUUGUCCCAAAAUAGUCAGUAUUGAAUUUUUACGUAUUAUUCAUUUCCCGCACAUAAAACUCGUUGUGUACACAACCCCGUUCGCCUUUGCUGCAGAGCAGGGUGGAUAAGGAUUUCUGCUCAAAUAAUCGAUGUUAUUAAAUAAUGUGAACUGCUGUAUCGCAUUAUGCUAGGGUAAGCUUUGUACUUUUACCGCAAAACGAAGAAGUUAAUGUGCCAAUAGUGAGAGUGAUGGAAAAGCGAGAGUUAAAGCUUGAAGCGGAGUGUGGGUGUGAACGAAUGGGGGAAGCAGUUUAAUAUUCGUCCAUUAACAUUAGAGCUAGCGUAGCACGAUAGUCAACUAUUUCGUAACCUAAUGAAUGUGUAAUUUAAAACCAGAAGCAGAAAUGUUUGAAAUUGUUCAAAGGAAUCGGCCAACAUCCGAUCGUUUGCCGGCAUGGAAAAAUCCUGGAAAGGAGAAGGAGAAAUGUUUUGUGUUUAUGAUUGUAUUAUCCAUUACCGUCAAUAAAGUUAUGUU